AUGAAGUGCUUCGUGGCGCUAUUUGCAAUCCUCACUGUCUCCCAGGUCAGUGGGAUCACCAGGAUCCCUCUGCACAAAGGGAAGUCUCUGAGGACGAUCCUGGGGGAGCGCGGACUCCUGGAUUAUUUUCUGAGGGAAUACCAGUAUGCAACCAACCAGAACUACUCCAACCUUCAGGAGGUGGCCAGACAGCCUCUGACCAACUACCUGGAUGUCCAGUACUUUGGGACGGUCUCCAUUGGAACUCCACCCCAGAAAUUCACUGUGGUGUUUGACACAGGCUCCUCGGACUUCUGGGUGCCCUCUGUUUAUUGUAAAAGCCCUGCCUGCCAAAAUCACCACCGCUUUGACCCAACCGAGUCUUCCACCUUCAAGUCGCUGGGUGACUCCAUAUCCAUCCAGUAUGGCCUGGGCAGCAUGGAGGGCGUUUUGGGCACCGACACUGUCACUGUCUCCUCCAUUGUGAUUCCCGACCAGACAGUGGGCCUGAGCACCCUGGAACCUGGCAACGUCUUCGUCUACUCCCAGUUUGAUGGGGUCCUGGGACUGGGGUACCCCUUUCUGGCCUCUAGGCACUCUGUGCCUGUGUUUGACAACAUGAUGACCAGAAAGCUGGUGGCCCAGGACCUGUUCUCGGUUUACAUGAGCAGGAGUGGCCCGGGGAGCAUGCUCACGUUCGGGGCCAUUGACCAGUCGUACUACACAGGCAGCCUGCACUGGGUGCCUGUGACCGUACAGAGAUACUGGCAAUUCACCGUGGACAGGGUCACCAUAAAUGAUGUGGUGGUGGCUUGUGCUGGCGGCUGUCAGGCCAUCCUGGACACAGGCACCUCCCUGCUGCUUGGGCCUACCAGAGACAUCUAUUACAUCCAGAAGGCCAUUGGAGCCACUCCGGGUCGGUUUGGACUGUUUAAUAUCAACUGUAAGAGCCUGAGCAGAAUGCCCACUAUUGUCUUUGAGAUCCAUGGCAAGAAGUACCCACUGCCACCUUCUGCCUACACCAACCAGAACUCGUUUUCCUGUACCAGUGGUUUCCAGGGUCAUGAUAGUUCCCAAUGGAUCCUGGGGGAUGUCUUCAUCCGGGAGUAUUACAGCGUCUUUGACAGGAGCAACAAUCGCGUGGGGCUGGCCAAGGCGAUCUGA